AUGGAAUCCAGAGACAUUAGGUUCAAGGAAGGAGAGGCUCAUUGUUCCAGGGAAUACAGGUCCGAAGUGGAUAACAGCGACCUGGAAGACUGCCAGCAGGUGGCACCCACCAAUGGACCCACAGCUCAACAGCAUGCAGAUCAAGAAGGCAAAGAACCGUGGACAUCUGGUCCCACCUCAGAUACCUCUGAUACCACUCCACCACUAUGCAGGAGUACUCACACAUGUACCCCCUCACGAGUUGCCAUUGAAAACCAGGCACUCAAAGAGCACAAAUGCAAGGCACAGGUGAACAGAGAGGACUGGGUGACCAACUUGCCUUCCACUGGCCAAACACUUGCACUAAUUGCUGUCAAUCCUUGGGCUUUUGCCUCUGUCACAAGCCUCCUCCCAGGACCUCCUUCCCAGGCUCACACUCCACUAGGAGCUCUCACAUCUGAAGCUCACAUCCUCUACUAG